AUGGUGUCAACGGACGGCAACAUCUCCCCCAGCGUUCCACAGUCGGUGUUCUACACUUUCACCCUGACUCGGAGCGACGGAGUCCCCGUCUACUUCUCCCAGCUCCGCAACAAGGUCGUGAUCGUGGUCAAUGUCGCCAGCCUCUGCGGAUUCACUCCCCAGUAUCAAGAAUUCCAACAAUUGCAUGAAAAGUACAAGCACCGAGGUUUGGUGAUUUUGGCAUUCCCGUGCAACCAGUUCGGGUCCCAGGAGCCCGAAGACGCUCUGGCAGUACAGGCGUUUGCCCACAAGCAUUACGGAGUCACUUUUCCGAUCAUGAAUAAGUUACUGGUGAAUGGAGACAGGGAGUCGAAGUUAUACAAGUGGUUGAAGGAUGAAAAAAAGGGCGACAUGGGGUUCCGAGGCGUGCGGUGGAACUUUGAGAAGUUCGUGGUCAAUAAGAGAGGCCAGGUAGUGGCACGGUACCCGUCGGGAGUCACUCCGCUACAGUUCGAGUCACAAUUGGUGGAUUUAUUAGAUGAGAUAUAA